UGUGCGGCUGUGAGCCGUGCAGACGGCUUCCUUCGCCUCCCUGAAUCCAUCGGGUCCGUCGUCGCGUCUCUCCUCUCGGCCGAUCAGUCGGCCAUCGGAGUUUACCUGAUUCGCCAGUACCGCCGCGCCGUCGCGUCUCUCCCGAUCUCGGGUCACAUCCAUUCGAUGUCGCGAGCCAGAGAUCGGAUAAGGGACGACACGGCGUCUCAGUUCACGCAAUCUCCCGUCCUCGAUAAACCGAUAAAGAGAGAAAGAGAAGCGACCAGGUAUCGAUAAAGAGAGACGCCGUGGAUUUUAACUAUGACGCGACUCGAUGAUCUCGAGGUCGGCCAGGACGAAUCUUCUCCCGCACGAUGUGGCACCCCCUCGAAGUAGCGUGCCCUACGACUCUUGAGCCGUCUCGCAUCGAAUGCGAGAAGGACGCAGAAUCCUCCGAGAAAGGAUCCAUUGACGAAAGAUAAGUCGAGGAGAGCAGCUACAGCUCGGGUGGUUCCCGAAUAGAGUGCGUCCCUCCUCUCCUCUCAACGCGUCGCGUCGCGUUCCGUCGCAACGAUUUCCGUCUAAUGUUUCUUGGAGCCGAUAACGAAGUGAAUCUCUGAGUGAUCUACGAGUUCGCGGGAAUCGGUUUAAUCAAUCGGGAUAAAGAAAAUAUAUAUUCGAAUGCGGAUAAGGUCGCGCGGGGUCGACUAAGUAGCCAUAAAGAAGAUUCGGCGACCUACCCGACCCGAUAAAUCGCGCUCCGAUAACCCUCGAUUAAUUAUCGAGCCUCUCCUCUUCCUGCGCCGGAGAUUUCUUACCGAGAAUCCCGCUUAUCUGCGACCGAUAUCCACGAGAUGCAUUUUACGUCCCGUCGAAAUUUGCCAUUUAAUUUGCCGAUGAUUAUUUGAGUGAUAUUCUUAACGUUUUCGAGAAUGCGUUCUUGAACUCGCGAAUCUUUGUCAUCUAUGAGAGAUAUAGUUUUUGGUGAUCGUGGGCACAUUGGCCGCCGUCAGUGAGAGUGUCUUUUGCGUUUAAUUAAAAAUGGAAGCCCAUCAUAAUAACAACGGCUUGUCGUCAUUGUCGGAGAGUAAAGCCGGCUCUUCCAGCAACGAACAUGGCAACAAUAAUUCCUUGGACGAUGCUGUGGGCAAGCUACUGCAAGGUAUGCAAUUUUUGGCGAUACUAGAGAUUGCGAGAUGUGUCUGCUGCAGGAUUCUGAGCGACGGCGAGAAGCAGCCGUUCAUCGAGGAAGCCGAGAGACUGAGGAACGCACACAAGAAGCAGCAUCCGCACUACAAGUAUCAACCUCGUCGCAGGAAGCCGAAGUCGGACGAUCAGAUGGGCAUCAUCGUGCACAGAGGCGGGCUUCCGUCGCCGGGGACCUCCCUCGACUCCUCGGCCGGCUCCUCGGACUGCACCUACGCCCGCUUGUAUCCGGACACCGGCGUGAAGGCGUACGAACGACCGACGACCUACCACGAACCGAAGUCCAGCGCCUACGACCUGGCCCGACCGGUCUGGGUCAACGAGACGGUCGCGAAGUAUUCCGCCGUCGAUCAUCCUACCAAGCCGACGUACGAAACGACGGCCAGAAGCUACGCCGAGGCGAAGUGCCACGAGGUCGCCAAGUACCACCAUGAGAUGGCCGGCACCAAGUACCACCACGAGAUGACCGGUACCAAGUAUCAUCACCACCACGAGUCGACGGCGACCAAGUAUCCGGAUCUACAGACCAAGCCCUACGAUCUGCCCAAAUACCCGGACGCCAAAGGGUAUCCGGACGGUCUCAAGUACUCCGCGGAAAUGAGCAGCGGCGCGGCCGCUGCCGCUAAAGCGCCCUACGCUUGUGUACAUGGACAAUACUACCCUACCGCAGAGGGAUACGCUGUGCACGGUGAAGAGAAUGAUUACCAGCCGCAGACUGUGUCGUCGCAUCCCUCCUUUUACCCCUACAUAUCGGCGCCCAUGGCGCAACCGCCGUACUACAUGGGACCUCGAUAGACCGCGAGCUGAAGAUGGGAGGCGAUACGAAACAAUUCUUGGAGAUUUUCACAAGGCCGAAUGAGACUGCGCGGCAUAAAAUCGAGUAAAAUACAAUCGUAAACUAUUGCCCGUCGGAUAGGAAACUAUUUACUAUGGAUAAAUUAGUCGAGACAAUAUUUCUGAUGAAUGAAACCAAGACUGCGUUAUCCUCUCCCUCUGAUUGCGAGUCGUGUUUGAGUCUUGAUGUAACGCAGCGGCGUGUGCGUGUAUGUGUAUGUAUGUGUGUGCUUGAUAAACUUGGAGCGUAGACGAUAGUACGCUAUUAACGACCCAUCGAGAUUUAAUUCAAUCGAAUAUAUAUCGGGCGUUUAAUAAAACUCUGUAAAGUACUUAAAACAAUAGCGGUGUUGUACUUAAUGACAUUAAAUUCAGUUACUUAACUUUAUUCUACAAAGCGAGACAUAUUAUUCGAUUGCUUUGUAACCUUUUUUUUUUUAAUUUAUUAGACAUUACAGGCGCGCGCUACGCGCGUGCCAUUUAGCUAUUUACCUAUGUUUGAAUAUAUAUUACGAGUCAACACACAAUAGGUUUGAGAACAGGUAACCUUUUAACUGUCAUUAAAUUUGUUUACAAUACAAAUAAAUCAGAUCUAUUACCUAAGUA